UUAAAUACAAAUAUUUUGGAAUUGGAACUUAUAAAAUAGACUCCACUCCUACCCAAAACUUCAUCCUUCAAACUCUUCCCCUCCCUUCCACUUUAGGAAAAGAAACAAAGCAUGAAGCUUUUUUUCUCGCAUUACUUCCCUUUCCCCUUCCUUUUGCUUUUGUUCAUCCUCACCGUCCCUCAUAUCAAAGCAAUCUGCCACGUGGAUGAUGAAAAUGGUCUGUUAGCCUUCAAAUCGGGCAUCACCCAGGAUCCAUCAGGCAUGCUUAAUACAUGGAAACCGGGUACAGAUUGUUGUAGUUGGGCGGGUAUUUCUUGCCUUUUCAACAAUCGGGUCACCAGCAUUUCUCUCUUCGGCCAACUCGAUAAACCCAACUCCUCCUUAUCGGGUACAAUCUCUCCCUCCCUGUUAAAACUCCAAAAUCUAGACGGCAUCUACCUUCAAAAUCUAAGAAACAUUUCGGGUACAUUCCCGGAUCUUCUUUUCGGAUUACCCAAACUCAAAUUUGUUUACAUUGAGAACAACAAGCUUUCGGGUCAAUUACCUGCUAACAUCGGUAAGCUAACCCAACUUGAGGCACUGAGUCUAGCUGGGAACCGGUUUACCGGACCCAUACCCAGUUCAAUCUCUGAGUUGACUCAGUUAAUUCAGCUGAACCUCGGCAAAAAUUUUCUCACUGGCCGGUUUCCGACUGGUAUCAAACAGCUUAGGAACCUUACCUUUCUAAGUUCGGAAAAAAACACGCUCUCGGGCACCAUUCCAGAUAUUUUCACAUCAUUCACCAAUCUAAGAAGUCUUGUACUUUCACGUAAUGCGUUUUCCGGGCAUAUCCCAGAAUCAAUAUCAUCUCUAGCACCUAGAUUGAUGUAUUUUGAGCUAGGCCACAAUGGUCUGUUAGGGAAAAUACCAAGUUUUCUUGGAAGUUUCAGGGCACUGGACACGUUAGAUCUUUCGUGGAACUUAUUCACGGGAGCAGUACCUAAAAGCUUCUCAAACUUAACAAAAAUUUUCAAUCUGGACCUCUCUCACAAUGUUCUAACCGACCCAUUUCCUCAGAUGAACGUGAAAGGUAUAGAAUCACUGGAUUUAUCAUACAACAAGUUCCAUCUCAAGGAAAUCCCAAAAUGGGUUACGUCAUCUCCAAUAAUUUAUUCACUUAAGCUAGCCAAGUGUGGGAUUAAAAUAAGCUUAGACAGUUGGAAUCCUAAGGAAACUUACUUUUAUGACUACUUUGAUCUGUCGGAUAAUGAAAUAUCAGGUAGCCCUGUUGGUUUAUUGAAUAGGACAGUUUACUUGGUGGAAUUCAAGGCCUCGGGGAACAAGUUGAGGUUUGAUUUGGAGAAAUUGAGAAUUGUUAAGACACUGAAACAGUUGGAUAUAUCCCGGAAUAUGGUGUAUGGCAAGGUUCCUAAGGCUGUCACUGGUUUGGAAAAAUUGAACGCAAGUUAUAAUCAUCUGUGCGGCCAGCUUCCCAACACCAAAUUUCCUGCUUCUUCAUUUGUGGGAAAUGACUGUUUGUGUGGAUCUCCAUUACCGCCAUGCAAACUGUAGCAGGUUACAAGUGUUUGUGGAAGUGUCAGUGAAGCUACUGAUCAAUAAAAGUUACUACUUUGAGAAUUGAAAUUUACUCUUUGCUCUUAUAAAAAGAAAGCAAAAAAAGAAUAAUUAAUGUUUUUGGUUUACUCAUUUGUAUUUUUUUUUGGUAAUAAUAAAGUACGAAAGAAUAAGGUCAAAAGUCAAAAGUUUAGAAUCACUCAACCAUUGUAGAUAAACAUUGAAGGCUGCACACAGGUUUAUGGGCUAUGCCAACUGAGGUUUGGCUCAUCCGAAAUUUUUAAGGUCCAUGCGAGGUCCUUGCUCGGUUUUGAGGUUUUGAUUACUGGCAAACUUCGACAAUAUUCAAGUCCGAAAAUUAUAAAAAAUUUGUUAUAUAAAAAAAUGUCUAAUGAAGGUCUAAGAGGAUAGUUUUUAAACUCACUCCUAAAGGCAUACCAAGAUUACCAUAAGAAAUUAACUCAAUUAAUAAAGAUUAUUA